AUGGCCCCGCAAAAUGCGCGACGUCGAGUCGCGUUGUUCCCCGUCACUCGCACUGCUGGCCCCAUUGGGGCCUUUCCUGUCUUCGCGUUCUCCCUAUCUCCCGCGCCGGCGCUGUCCCUACCUUCUUGCUCCACCCCCUACUCUCCCCGCCUUGCACUAUUUAUGUGCCUGCACGAAUCCCUACGCCUACUGGACGUUCUCCGUCAGCUCGGCGCGCAGUCGGGCAGCGAGUUCGCGGGGUUCAAGUCGUGGACGGCCACCGCCUCGCCCGCCAAAUGCGCCACGUACCUGGGAGUGACGUGCGACGCGGCGGGCAACGUCGUCGCCAUCAAUGUGACAGGAGCGGGUCUCAAGGGGCCAAUCGAUGCUCUCUCCAAGCUCGCCGCGCUGGAAUCGCUCGACCUGAGUCAGAACGGCGAGAUCACGGAGCUGCCACAGUCACUGGCGCAGCUCAAGAAGCUCAAACUCCUCAAUGUGAACAACUGUUGGAUCGGGGGGCGCAUACCGCCCUUCCUCGGCCAACUCACUGCCCUCACAUCCCUGAGCAUCGGUGGUAACCCGCUCGUGGGUGCAGUACCUUUCAGCUUCGGCAGCCUUGUCAAUCUCGUCUCCCUCAACAUCGCAGCAACAGGCAUCGAAGGCGUGGGAGGCGCCCUGCCGUCCAGCCUUUCCAGCCUGACCAAGCUCAAAGAGCUCUAUCUGCGCAAGAACCGCUUCAAAGGGCCGCUGCCAGCCUUCCUCGGCACAUUCACGGACCUGGAACAGCUCGUGGUGAGCACCAACUAUUGGUCAGGCUCCAUCCCCGUGGCACUAUCAAACCUCAAGAAGCUCAAGAACCUGGGGCUGAGGGAGACCACACUAGAGGGCGAGAUCCCAACGUUCCUGGGCACACUGAGCCAGCUCACAUACCUCUCCCUGUCUGACACGCGGCUGUAUGGCGAGCUGCCCAGGGCGCUCAAUGGCCUUGCCAACCUCAGAGAGCUGUACCUCCAGAACGGAUGGUUCUACGGCCCCCUGCCCGACCUCACUGGCCUCAAGAAGCUCACGCAAAUCGACCUCUCCGAGAACUACUUCUCGGGCCCGCUCCCCUCCUUCCUGCGCCAAGUCAAGCAAGUCAACGCAGACAGCAACUACUUCUCGGGCUCUGCCGCGGUUCUCCCCUGCUCCGACCUCUUCUCCGUCAACGGCAACUGCCUCUCCUCCGUCCCCUCCCAGUGCGGGGGACCCUCCGGCCAGAAAACCCCGGCAGAGUGCAGCAAGUUCUGUGGGACGGGAGCGGCAGGUGGGGCGUGCAGCGGCAAGGGCGUGUGUGUGCCCGACAUGCAGAAGAUGCAGAGUUCACAGGCGUUUGUGCCGGUGUGCAAGUGUGCGGCGGGGUUCCUGCCUACGCAGAAUAAGCUGGGUUGCGUGAAGAAGUGA